GAAGGAGCGAGCUUUUUUACCACAACCAGCUAGGAAGGAAAAGAGACAGAAAACAGAAAAGGUGACAAAACCAAACGGUUUGUAAAAUGUCUAAAGUCCAAAGACUGAGAGCUUUGGUGGAGGAGCGGCUGACUGCGGCUGCUGAAGACAUAUAUGUGCUGUUUGAAAGAAUCAUAGCCGAGUAUGAGGAGGAACUGUGUCGCUCCAAACAGGAGAACGAGAGGAACCAACGGCUCCUGGACUCGACGCUGAGCCCGAGAGUCGUGCUGACCAGAGCCGGUGUCCACAUGUCCUCUCUGAGUCCUGGUCUCACUCUGAAACAGGAAAUCCCAGAGACUCCACAGAUUAAAGAGGAGCCAGAGGAACAGCACGACAAGCAGGAGGAAGAGGAGCUGCGAGUGUCUGUCCCUGAGGCCAGUGAUGACUGUGUGAAGACAGAAGAGUCCUCACUGCUUCAAAGAAAAGACACUGAUCACAGAGAGGACAUCAGCUCACAGACACAUGUCCACAGAGAGGACAUACAGGGAGAGGACAUCAGCUCACAGACACAUGUCCACCCCGAGACUGAGGGAGACACAGAGCACUCUUCUGACACUGACAGUGAUGAAGACUGGAGUGCUCCAAUCAGCUCUUCAGCUGCACAGAUGGAGACAGAGGCAGAUGGAGACAACUACAACCAAGUCCAGAUCAGAGCCAAAAGCACCACUGCACCAAACUCAAGUCUAUCCCCCAAAUACAAGUCUGCACCAGAGACCAGAGCCACUGUGGACAAUGGGGACGUGUCAGGAACAGCCGAAAGAACUGCAGGGAAGAGACACCAGUGCUCUGUUUGUAAAAAGAGAUUUGUCUUAAAUAUCAAUUUAAAAAGACACCUUAGAGUUCACACAGGAGAGAAACCGUACAGCUGUUCUGGCUGUCAGAAAUCAUUUACUCUCAAUAGUGGUCUUACAAGACACAUGAGAACACACACAGGAGAGAAACCUUACAGCUGUUUUCUCUGUGAGAAAGCAUUUAAUAGAAAGACUUCUCUCACAACACACAGGAGAACUCACACAGGAGACAAACCUUACAGUUGUUCUGUUUGUGAGAAAGUAUUUAAUCUAAAAAGUACUCUCACAAAACACAUGAGAACACACACAGGCGACAAACCUUACAGCUGUUUAGUCUGUGAGAAAGCAUUCAUUCAAAAGAGUACUCUAACUUACCACAUGAGAACACACACAGGAGACAAACCUUACAGCUGUUUUGUCUGUGGGACAGCAUUUUUUCAAAAGAGUAAUCUUACUUACCACAUGAGAACACACACAGGAGACAAACCUUACAGCUGUUCUGUCUGUGAGAAAGCAUUUAUUCAAAAGAGUGAUCUUACAUGCCACAUAAGAACACACACAGGAGAAAAGCCUUACAGCUGUUCUCUCUGUGAGAAAGCAUUUAUUCAAAAGAGUCAUCUCACACAACACAUGAAAACACACACAGGAGACAAGUCUUACAGCUGUUCUCUCUGUGAGAAAGCAUUUAUUCAAAAGAGUCAUCUCACACAACACAUGAAAACACACACAGGAGAAAAGCCUUACAGCUGUUCUGCCCAGAGCAUUGAUCUGAAAAGACAUACAAAAAGUCACACAGGAGAGAAAUAGUUUAAAAUAAAGUCUAACAAACUUCAAACAGAGCAGUGCCUACAGUUAGCAUCACACCGCCAAAGAAUGUUGAUGACAUCAGCUGCACAGUAUCAUUUGUACUUAGUUCAGUCGAUGUUUAAACCUGUAUCUGUAUUUAUUAGUCAAGUAACUAUUUGUUUACUUGAGUACAAUUUUUCAGUUCUAUUUCUACCAAUGUAGGGCUGAAGGAUUUAGGGAUUUUUUAUGUUUUAAUAAUAUAAAUCUGUUCAAAGUUCAUAUUUUAAACACAUCCAGAGGAAUUGACAAAAAAGACUGAAAUCUGAACUGACAAAUUAAUGCAAGAAUCACAUUUCAGAACAUGUUUGUACAGAACUACAGGGUUAGGAGAUUUUAAGCAGUAUCAAUAUUACAAAAGUCACAUUCAAAGGACAGAAAUGAACCAAACUUUACAAUGAUCCUGAUCUGUAUCUUUCACAAGUAUAAGACACAUAGACUCGUAUACACCCAUGGACCACUAUGAACCUACUGCACACUGAGGGAUUACACACAUAUAACACACAUGGGAAUAUGAAAGAAAGUACUACCAUUUAAUCAGAAUCAUUAUUGAGUUGAGUCUAUUUCUUAAUAUCGAAAUGGGGUUUAAAAGUUUAGUAUCAUGACUUUAAAUUCUCACCAGAACAAUUGGCACCACACAGCCCUGCCUCAGGUUCAAGAGAAUCACCAACUGCGUAGACACAAAAAGACACAACAUUAUUAUUAUAAAUGAAACGGUAAUACCUGUGUUUUCUUGUCACAUGGUGUUACACAGGGGUGGGCCAUACUCACAAAAAAAUCAUAUCUCCAGAGUUAAUUGCAGUAUCUCAAGAACGAUAUUCAGACGGUAAUUUAACAAAGCAUCAGUUUCAAAUGUCUUGGUCGAGGUUCAAGUAUCACACAAAAGAGUUGGAUAGUACUCAGUUACAUUUACAUGAGCAACUUUAAAAAAGAAAAAGUACUUUUCUAGCAGCAUACUGUUACUUGAGUAAUAGUUGUAUUAGAGUAAAAGUUAUGGUUGCUCUUCCCACUGUGAGUAAGUGGAAAAAGUUACUCUUACUUGAGCAGUACUUUCCUCAAAUACUUUUUCUCUCUUACAUCAGUACUUUCUUGAAACACUACUUUGUACUUCUACUUCAAUAAUAUAAUUUUAACAUCAUCUACUCUACCCUCCCAAGCCUUGAAUCUCCACUUUAACAAAAGAAAAGCUGUUACUCACCUUGAAACUGGAGCAAACACAGAGCCAAUGUGAAAGUAUUGUAGAGUAAUAAGAACAUGGCUUUGGAGAGUAGAGUCACACAGCUGCAGCUACACACAUGCAAGAGAGGAGAAGCACUCUGGUCUCAGCCUCAAGGACCACACUUGUACUAGGGCUCCAGGGGUGACCUAUGCUCCUCACAGUGACCAAUCAGGACAGAGCUCCAGGAGUGACCUAUGCUCCAAUCAGGACAGAGCUCUGGGGUCAAACAACACUGAGCCAAUCACAAGCUCCAGAAACCUCAGCACUCUUUACAUAAUAUAAAGUUUAGGUUCAAUAAAGGUUUAAUUCCCUUCA